GAUAUAUCGUCAUGUAUGCAAAUCAGAGGUCCUUGCCUUUCUCUCACUAAUACAAAAUAUAAAGGACAGAAUCUCAACUGUCGGGCAAACUUGACUUUGCUUUUUGAAAAGUUGGACGUCAUGAGUAGCACGAGGAAUGCCGUGCUAGUUGGCAUUCUUGCCAAUUGUGUUGUGACAAUAUUUGGAUAUACUACAACACCACCUCCUCCGCCUCCUCCUGUUCAACAACAAAGACGUAAUGUUCUAACAAAUUUCAUGAAUCAGGUCCCGAAGACAGAGGUUCCAUUUGACAUGUCCGGGCCAUCUAUUUCACAGCUAACUCAAGCUCAUUUCGAGCCAAUGUUGAAGGUAGCGGGCAAAAACGUGGAUCCUGCUGAUCCUGCAUAUAAUCAAGUGCAUCAAAACCAGCACCCCAACUCUUUGUAUGAGCCUGAUCCAGCUGCCUCAAAUGCCGUUUACCAGAAAGAGAUGGCUAUGGGAAAUAUGGUUGAUCCACAAUAUCAGCCUGAAAUGAAUAUGGGACAAUUCGAACAAAAUGUUGCCGGCCAGCUUCGGGGUGGAAACAAUGUUAUCGAUCCUCAAUACCCACCAGAAGUUAAUCCAGGAGGAAAUGUAAUGGAACAACAAGGAACUCCACCCUACCCAGCUCCAAAUGCCGUGGAACCACAAUACCCACAAGGGAUGAAUCAGCAAUAUCCACAAGAACCUCCUAUGCAGGCAGGUAACAGCCAAAUGAAUCAGCAAUAUCCACAAGAGCCUCCUAUGCAGGCAGGUAACAGCCAAAUGAAUCAACAAUAUCCACAAGAACCUCCUAUGCAGGCAGGUAACAGCCAAAUGAAUCAGCAAUAUCCUCAAGAACCUCAUAUGCAGGCAGGUAACAGCCAAAUGAAUCAGCAAUAUCCACAAGAGCCUCCUAUGCAGGCAGGUAACAGCCAAAUGAAUCAGCAAUAUCCACAAGAGCCUCCUAUGCAAGGGAAUGGUGGAAUUCCAGUGGAUCCUACCAACCCACCAGAUAUUGUUACUCCUGGAUAUCAACCUGAUCCUUUAGGUCAACAGGUUGAUAUCAUCCAGAAUGCUCAAGGUGCUAAUGUCAUGCCUGAGGUUCCAGUUACAAUGCAAGAACCACCAAACAAUCCUCCGUCAGUCGUUCGUUCAGUAGUUCAUUCAGAACCACCAGCUUCACCGUUCCAAGUAAAGCUUAAAGUAUCAUCGUUUCCACAAGAGCCACCAGUUAAUCCUUUCGAUCCAACAGGACAACAGCCAACAGACCCAACUUUAAUUUCAGAAGUAAAUCCUGCUGGCCCAGAAAUACGUGGUCCGGCGCCUGCAUAUCCAGGUACAAAUGCAGAACCAGGAAUGAGAAUACCAAAUGCCGUAGGCAGUCUUUCUAGUGGUGGAGCUGUUUCUCCUGCAGUCGGUGGUGCUGUUUCUCCUGCAGUCGGUGGUGCUGGAAUCAUUGAUCCAGUCCCAACUCCUGGACCAGAACCAUUACCAGUAUCAACAAUUCGACCUAAGCCUUUAACAAAAGCUGAAAAGAGGCGACUUAAGAAACUGCAACGUAAACGAGAACGUGAAGCCAGGAAACAGAAAAAAUUAGCGGCCAGAAAGGCCAAAAAGCUCAAGGAACAACAAAGACGACUGGCCAAACAAAGGGCAAAGAAACUCAAGGAACAACAGAGACGAUUAGCGAGGCAAAAAGGUCAAAAACGUAGCCGUAUGAGAAAUAAUAGGAGAUCAAGAUCAAGAAAUACCCAACCAACCCAAGUGUAACUCUAAAAAAAUAUACAAUGCUUAUAAGUUACGGAUUUUUAAUUUAUGGGCAUUUUUCUCAGUUCAAGACAAUGGUCGCAACAGUUGAAGAUUUGCGCCAAUUUUAAAAUAAAGGCAAGCGAUACAAGGAAGGAAAUGGAAAUCCUGACAUGAUGGAAAUAAUCCUUUAUUCUAACUAACCCCUUAAUGAUGAUUUGCUUUCGUAGCUGUUUGAAAAUAUUGUUUAUUUCUUCAAAAUUUUGAAAAGUUCAGUUACUGUACAUGAGAUGUUUUCUCCAAGUUUUCUUCAAAAAACCCCUUAUUAUUCUACAUAUUGAUAUUAUUCAAUGCCCGAACAAUAUCAUCUUCAUUAAAUAUCAUGCUCAAAUAUAACUUUUAUAUUUAAUAAUUUAUUAUAUCUAUUGACCAGAUUUGGUUAUAUUCAAAUUUUCUUUCAGAGAAAUAUUAAGUUUAUGUACAACUUUUUAUUGCUAUGCAAAUGUUACACCAAAAUAUGGUAUAUUUUUGUUAAACUAGUAACCAGAAAUAUUUCUUCAGAAAUAUUUUCUCUCAAAAUCAUCAUGUCUUAUAGAUAAAUUAUAAAUAGCAUUUUUAAGCUGUAC